GAGCAGCUGAGCCCAAUACAAAUCCGAAGAGUAAACGCUGCAAGACACGCUGGCGGUUUUAUAGCGACGCAAUUAAUAUAAAUGACCAAAAGUUCAGUCUCUGCAAUGUUUGGCGAGUCUUUUUAUUCUGUUUUUACCUCGUUUUAAGUUAAACGAAAUGAGAGCGGCAGCCUGCAUGACCCCCUCCUCUCAGUGUAGCUCUGGUUAACUAAAACUGAAGUGCACAACCAGACCGGGCAGCUCGGUUUACAGGAGGGGUUUUAAAGUUUUGUUAUUAUUUAUUUGUCGUUGUUUGUUUGCUGUCUGCUGACGGAACACCGUACUCAGGCGUUGGCAUCAGUCCGAACAUCGUCUGUGUAAUUUUAAUAGCUGUCUAAUGGAAGAUAGCUGUGGUGAGGGGUCUUGCACACAGAGUCAGAGCUGCACUACUGUAAGGAGUCGGAAACCAUGUAUGGAUACAGAGAAGUACAGAGAGAAGGGCUGCUCCAAAAAACCUGAAACCCGCAGAGCAGCCAGAGUCUCCAGCACUGACACACAGGGCUUUAACGGGACUUCUUCAGAGAAGAGGCUCUGUAAACGGGAGAACCAGCUCCGCUCUGACUCUGACCACACACCGCUGUGUCCGUUACUGUCUGUGGCUGCUCUCUCUCUCUGCACCCGCUUCUACAGGAUCACUGAACCGCCGCACGUAUGUUGGGACGAGACACACUUUGGAAAGAUGGGGAGCUAUUAUAUCAAUCGCACAUUUUUCUUUGAUGUCCAUCCACCACUUGGAAAGAUGCUGAUUGGCCUUGCUGGAUAUCUGACUGGCUAUGAUGGGACUUUUCCUUUCAUCAAACCAGGAGACAAAUAUGAGCACCACAACUACUGGGGGAUGAGAGGGUUCUGUGCAGUUCUUGGUUCAUGUCUGCCUCCCUUUGCGUUCCUGGUGGUCCUGGAAUUGUCCCAUUCUACUCCGGCUGCACUCAUCACAGCUUCCCUGCUCAUUUUUGACACUGGGUUCAUCACCCUCUCCCAGUACAUCCUACUGGACCCCAUCCUAAUGUUUUUCAUCAUGGGAGCCGUCCUGAGCAUGGUCAGGUUUAACCGGCAGAGACUCAGGCCUUUCAGCUGGUCCUGGUGGCUGUGGCUGCUUCUGACUGGGGUGAACCUCUCUGGCUCUCUGGGGGUGAAGUUUGUGGGGCUGUUCAUCAUCCUUUUAGUGGGCAUCAACACUGCAUGGGACCUCUGGAGGCUACUGGGGGAUCUCCAUCUGUCACUGGUGGAUUUUAUGAAGCACUUGAUUGCCCGAAUUUUCAGUUUGAUAAUGCUCCCCUUGUUCCUGUACACUACAAUAUUUGCUGUCCACUUCGUCAUCUUAAACAGAAGUGGUCCAGGAGAUGGUUUCUUUAGCUCUGCUUUCCAGUCACGACUAAUUGGAAACAACCUGCACAGUGCCUCCAUGCCAGAGUACCUGGCAUAUGGUUCUAUAAUAACGUUGAAGAACCUGAGGAUAGCUGGAGGCUAUCUUCAUUCCCACUGGCAUCUUUACCCAGAAGGGGUUGGAGCGCACCAGCAGCAGGUUACUGCCUAUCUGCACAAAGACAAUAACAACCUGUGGCUGGUCAAGAGACCUAACAGUGAUGAUUUCACAGAGCUCAUUCGACAUGGUGACAUCAUUCGACUAGAGCACAAAGAAACCACCCGGAACCUCCACAGUCACCUCCAUGAGGCGCCGCUGACCAAGAAGCACCUUCAGGUGACCGGCUAUGGCAUUAAUGGUACAGGUGACCCUAAUGACCUCUGGCAGGUGGAGGUGUGUGGGGGAAAGAAAGGUGACCCAGUAAAGGUGUUGCGCAGUAAAGUGCGCUUCCUGCACCGCUCCACCGGCUGCGUGCUGUAUUCCUCAGGCAAGACCCUCCCAAAAUGGGGCUGGGAGCAAGUGGAGGUCACAUGUAGUCCAUAUUUAAAGGAAACUCCUAACUCUCAGUGGAACAUUGAGGAUCACAUCAACCCAAAGUUGCCCAACAUCAGUUUGCAUGUGCUCAAGCCCUCCUUCCUGGAGAUCCUGCUAGAGUCUCAUAUUGUCAUGAUCAGGGGCAACAGUGGCUUGAAACCUAAGGACAAUGAGGUAAACUCUAAACCUUGGCACUGGCCCAUCAACUACCAGGGCUUGAGGUUUUCUGGGGUGAAUGAGACGGAGUACCGGGUGUACCUAUUGGGGAACCCUGUGAUCUGGUGGCUAAACCUAUUCAGUCUGGGGCUGUUUGUUGUCAUGGUAUCAUUGUGCUCUGUGGCCUUGCAGAGAGGAGCUAAGCUAGAAGGAACAAGGAAAGCACACUGCCAGGUUCUUAUGGAAGGGGGUGGAUUGCUUUUCUUAGGCUGGCUGCUACACUACCUGCCCUUCUACACCAUGGGCCGUAUUCUCUACUACCACCACUACUUCCCUGCGAUGCUCUUCAGCAGCAUGCUUACAGGAAUAUCACUGGACACAUUUCUACAGAAUGCGGAUCUCCUGUUUAGUCCAGCUAUUUCAAAGCGUAUUUUAAGAGGGGGUCAGAUAGUACUCCUGGUUGGGAUCCUCUACAGCUUCUAUUUGUUCCACCCUCUCUCCUAUGGCAUGAGUGGGCCGUUAGCUCAUGACCCCACCUCCUCCAUGGCUGGACUCCGGUGGCUGGAUUCUUGGGAAUUUUAGAAGAUUUUAAAAUGGCAGGGGCCAGGAAAGGUUUUUUUUAAUUUCAGACUAGUUUAGUGACUAGCGAGCUGCUAAAAUAUAGUGUGCUACAUUUCAUCUUUUUAAAGGCCCCUUGAGUGUUACACUACAGUCUUGCACCAAGUCUCAUUUUAUAAAAUCACGCUACAACUAUGUUUGUUAUUUAUUGAGUUAAAUUUUUUAUUGUUUUAUUCAGUACACUACAAACAGGCCUAGUUAACACAUAAAUGAUAAUCAAAUUGUAAACUGUCUACAUUAUUUGUGUAAUUUUGUUACGUGACAGGCUACAUUCACAAUUAGAAUGUGAUCAGUAUUGUGAAACACUACGCAAGUCGUUAUUUACAUGUUGGUGAGACACUUUUGUGGACUUUACUUUUUUGCUGUGACUGAUGUAAACAACUUAAAAUUAAGUGCCUUUUAGGUGAAGUAUAUGAAAGCAGACUGAAUGACGUGAGAUAAGGGAUUAGACCACUAAACUGUGUUAAAUGGAAGCUUAUUCUAUAGGGUAUGAAUAUGAAAGUGAUUUCAGUGUCGUUUUUGAACUGCUGUCCUCUGAUUAAAAGUUCUGAUUCCUGUAUUAAUGGUCUGGUAAUGGACUGUAGAGAGUGAGGAACAAAUAGCAGUAGCGUUUGUUUCGUUUACUUUGUUGGAUUAACAUUGUUUUUGGAUUGACGUCAAGUGGAUUAUUUUCCACCACUGUAAAGAAUAAAUAUUUUUUACAAGA